UAUGUCUUUCUACUGUGCCACGAAUGCUAGUGAUUGUUUAUGGGGUGAAUUUGCACGAUUCGGCCAGCGCGAGUCAAAUAGAGUGACAGUGAAUUAUACUUAUUGCGUAAAGGCAGAUACGCCGUGCACUGUUGUUACUGCUAUGAUUGUUGAUGGGCAAUAAUGUUGAUUCGGAAGAGGCGGACCUAACUCACUUGAUCUGCGAUUUAAGAACUUCAGUACAACGUCAGGGACUGUAGAAAGUGCGCCGCAGCGCGAGAGCAUCGUGAUUAGAAGGUGGUGCUUAGGGCGCUGAGUUUACCUGUUGGAACAGCAGAGCAUUUGUGUUGCUGGCGAGACGAAACAGACGGACUCAGGGUGAUACGACUGAUACGAAACGAGUACAUCACAAUGUCAACCCCGGAAGCCAAUGAGGCCGCUUCCGAUCGCAGUAUUUCACCGGCCGAGAGCGACCGUUCGGUAGCCAGAUCGUCUCCGAUGGCGCUCCAACUGAGUCAUCCCCAGCUGAGCGGACAUCCAUGUCUUCCCUUAAAGCCGCGGUUGUCGUUUAGCAUUUCAGCGCUGAUUGGUUCCGUUGGCGAUAAAAAGGUCGAAUCAAAUGACCAAACAGACGAAACUGGCCACGACGGCGACGACGAUGAAGGAGGCGUGGAUGGCAAUGACCACGAGUUGGAUGGUGAAGACUGUUCGGAUAUCGAUGUGGAGUCAGAUGCCGAGCGAGAAUCACGUACUCCCCAAAGUGAACAUGAGGGCCUUAGUCCACUCCCAUUAGCGCUGGGGGCAAAUGGAACAGUUAUUCGGGUGCCGGCGCAGAGACCACCGGGACCCGAGGGGGCUACAUUUGCCGUAGGUGCGCCCGGCGCAGUGGCCGCCUUUCCAUGGCCAGCUAAUCCUGCGCUUAUCAAAGAUCAUCGACUACAAGCUGCUGCCGCGGCUGCCUUUUCGGCACUAACGGCACCUUUACCACCUCGCCGUAUCGGACAUCCGUAUCAAAAUCGGACCCCGCCCAAAAGGAAGAAACCGAGAACGUCGUUUACGCGAAUGCAGAUCUGUGAGUUAGAGAAACGGUUCCACAAGCAAAAAUAUCUAGCAUCCGCCGAGAGGGCCCAGCUUGCUAAACAGCUGAAAAUGACAGAUGCCCAGGUUAAAACCUGGUUCCAGAAUCGACGCACGAAAUGGAGGCGUCAGACAGCGGAGGAACGUGAAGCUGAGCGCCAGGCAGCGAACCGGCUAAUGAUGUCGCUGCAGGCUGAAGUUGUGCAAAAGUCGAUGCAGUUCGCACAGGCAACAAGCGGUCAUCAGGGAGCCGCGCUCGCGGCGGUCGCUGCAGCCAAUGCCGGACCACAGGACCCCCGCGAAGCGCUGCAGUGUCUCAGCAGCGCCAGUCUUCACGCGCUUCAAUCGCUCCAGCCAUGGGCAGCGGAAGCUGCGGCGUUAAGCGCCGCCCAACAGGCCGCUGCCCUUCAAGCAGCUGCGGCAGCGCAACAGGUCGGCUCGCAGUCGACAAGUGCACCACCUCCAACGGCACCUCACUUUCUUACAACCCCUCUCUGUUGAGAAAGGAAGAAAGUUGCAGAAUCUUAGCCCUGUUAAUUCCUUCCCCUUCUUCAACUCUCAAGUCGCUCCGACAACCUAAAAAAAAAACUCUGACGAGAACAUUAGCGGCGGCUAGAAAAGAACACGAUGUGUUCGCUAGAAACUCCGACACAUAUCAGUAUAUGUAUAUUGAUUUAGAUAAUUCAUGUCAUUGGAUUUAGCAAAAAAAAAAACACGAAAUCAAUAUAGAAAACGGAGAUCGAAGUUGCGAAUGACAAAAGAUAAAUGAAGUACUAAGAAGAAAAGCACGCAUACCUCCGAGACUACUUGGAUGGGUCGAAAUUGAAGAAGAAUGGCUGAGUACUAGGUCUCGAGGGCAAGCCGUAGUUAGCGUAGAACGACGACACGUCUUCGAUUCUAUCUGUUGAAAAACGAGACAAACAAUUUUUACUGGGCAAAUAUGGCGAAGAUAAUCAUUAUUUCAAUGCAUAAUAAGCAAGCGUUCUAACAUUGUCAGCUCAAAUAGAUGCAUAAAUCCAUUCGAUGUGUGCUGUCACACAUCUAACCUGCCCUAGUUGUCCUUAGGUAGAAACAAUCUUGCUUAGUCCGUCUUCGAAAAAAACGUGUGACGAAAAAUACGCAGGGAACAAUUCACGCAUUCACUUUGCAUUGGGAACACAAUUAGAAAGAUUAUAGACAUACAUAUAAUCAGGCAUGUGGGCUUAUCGGCGUCGUCGUCGUCGUCGUUUGUUUUGUGCAAAAAGCAAAACACACACACACAGGAGUAAACACAAACAAAUCCGAGAUUAUCCGUGAUCUACAGAAUAUAGUUGUGUAUUUACGCAGAUGUAACAAUGUGUAGUAUAAAAAUAAUCGACCUGUUAAUGUCGAUGAAAAUAUCCA